AAGUGAGGCUGAGGGAUCCAUAGAUGUGUAAAAUUAUCACACAGAUGCUGAGCAGAAAUGGAAGAAACAUGAAGAUCUAGAAAUUGAGCUGUCUGCUUCUCCUUAUUCCAUUAAUCAGACAGUGCUCAGGAAUCAAAUGGAUGUAAGCACAUUGUUACUAUUAUGUAGUUUAUUAUUCUCAUACAGUACACUACUUUAUCCUUGAUAAUCAUAGCCUGGUACCAAGUGGACCAUGUGGUGGGUUAAGGAACUAACUGCCACAUCUUUAUGAAGUCUUACUAAAGUAAAAGGAUCCAUAUGUAUUUUUGCUACCGUAGCUAGGGAAUGAAGUUGUCUAAUGGAUCUGGUCUAAAUGGACCUUAACCAAUCAUAUUAUUCAUGGGCUACGGUCACCUUUAAGUUUCAGCCUAGGCCCCUGCAUAUUUGUGGUCGGUCACUGCCACCGGAAACCAAAUGGUUAACCUCCCCCGUCUCCUCCCUAGUCAGUUUGUGACGGAUGCAGGUGACAGUUCACGGUGUAAACCCGGGCAUCUUUUCGUACGGUUCUAAAACGAGGGGUGGGGUCGCUCUGAUGCGCAACCAGCAAGUCGACAGCGUGCAAUUUUCUCCACAUAUGGCUACUUAAAUUUAAAAGCUUGAACCUCAUUUGAGAAAAUAACGAAUACAGAGGACGGAACGUGUUUAUUCUAAACAUUCUUUAUUCUAAAGAAUCGUGACGUUUCUAAAAUAAAAUAUGAAGAUUUAGGUGUUUUUUCCCUGACUGGACAGAAUUUGAGUGGGCGCAAGAAGCAUCAUUUCCCCCGUCUUUGAUAUUCGUGAGUAGGACGUUCAUUCAUCAAUAGCCUAGCCACUGUAGCCUAUAGGCCUACCUGAUUAAAUUUUGCUUAACGGUCGUUAUUCUAUCUAAAUCACUAACCAUGGCGUGGCCGUGCAUCACGCGGGCUUGCUGCAUUAAUCGUUUCUGGAGUGAGUUAGACAAAGGCGACAUCGCUGUGCCCUUGGUCUUCACAAAAUACUCAGAUGUGGCUGAGGUGCACCACCUCCAUCCUCAACCCCAACCCAGACAGAAGAGGACCGGUCCUAUCGCCGUAGAAACCCAACCUCCGCUGGGCGAUGAGGCCACGGCGAGCAAGGCACCGCCCGCUGGUGCCGCAUUGAGUAAAGAUGGCUCUAGUGCGUCCGUGAUGCGCCAAGACUUCAAGGCUUGGAAAGUGCGCCCUGAGCCCAGUUGCAAGCCCAGGAAUGAAUAUCACCCCUCGGCGACCCCUUUCAACAACGUAACACAGUAUCAGAAGGAUUAUAAACCCUGGCCGAUACCGAAAAAGGGGGAUCACCCCUGGAUACCCAAACCCAGCCCCACCUCCGCUGUGCAGGAAGGGGGUUAUGGGGGUGCCCCGCCAAAGGCAGCACCUGAGGAAGACAGCGGGGUAGAGAAGAGUGAAAUCGAGGAGAAAGUACAAGAGAAAGAAUCUAAAGAUACGUUAAAGAAAUCCAUGAAAAGGGAGAAGACCAUAGAGGAAAAAUUAAAUGCUAAAACGGGAGAACAACCACCGGCAGAUGUCACUGCGGAGAGAAAAGGAAGAGCGGCAGCAGAUGCACUGAACAGGCAGAUAAAGGAGGUCGUUUCAACGGGAAGCUCCUACAGGAAUGAGUUCAAGGCGUACACAGAUGUGAAGCCAGUAAAGUCCUUCAAGGCCCAGUCUCAGUACAAAGCCCCCACUGAGGAGAAGGCCAGUCUGGAGACCAGCUACAGUGCCACCUAUAAGGGAGAGCAGGUCAAGGCGCAGCCUACUGACAACAAGGUCCAGGAACGCAGGAGGAUACGCAGUCUGUAUAAUGAACCUGGCAAGGAACCCACCAAGACGGAGAAGCCAGCGUCUCGCUCCAAACCUAAGAAGACACCGACGACAACAACAAGCAAAAUGGUGAAGAAGGCAAAAGAGAAGCAGAUUGCUGGAACACAGUCAGCCAAGAAAAAAUCAUCCACGAGCACCCCAGAGUCAAAGCCAGAGGGAGUGGUCACAAAGAAAAGCAAAGAGAUAAGCAAUAGACUUGCUGAGUCAAAACAGUGAGGAGAACCUCUCUGCACUUAUUUCUUUCUAAAUUAAAAGCUGCUUAAUGAAUUAGAGAAGGAUUCUCAUCCCUUUCUUUCAAUCUGUAUUUUUAUUCUUUUUCUAGACUUUCUUUGUGGUAGGAAGGCUGCUAAGAACAUGUGUGUGUGUUUGUGUGUGCGCACAUGACUGUGCAAGCGUUAGAUACAUACAUCUCUUUUGUUAAACGCAUUAUUUGCAUAUCAGUUGUUAAAUUUCUAUUUUAAUCAAAACUAUACCGAAGACAUUUUAUAGUUGUUUUUUUCGGGAUAGAACUUGAAGCUGAAGACCACUUUGCGGAAUAUUACUUAUUAAUAUUACUUAGUUCCUCUUUUCAAUCUAUUAAACUGCAUUGAAUUUUUCGGUUCUUGUAGAUAUGAAUCGCAAUGACUCGCAUUUCCUGAAUACAGUGCCUCUAAGGACCUGGGUAUCGUUUCAAUGUUCUGGAGGAUAUCUGGUUUCACCAGUGUGGUUGCUUAGAAACCAAUAGGAAGGGAAUAUAAUUGCUACAGCUUGCAUGCAAGGCCCAGUUUUUGGUCGAGUGGUAGCAUUUUAGUUUACAUCUCUCCAGUGAAAUCCCAUAAGAUAUUACUCACUAGAAUAUCCAGGAGGGGAUAGUUGUUCAAAUAGUAUUGCAUGUGUAGUGAUGUAGUCUGAUCUCACACCAUACGUUUUAACACAGUCAAAUAAGGAAACUUGCAAACGUACAGACAAUAUCAACUAGCAUAGUUAUAGCUAUAAAUCAACUGUUGUUCUGGCCAUACAAAUAUGGUUUUACAGCUACAUGCAAUGUGUAAGGCACUAUGUUCAAUAUCCAGUUCUUUGCUGCAGUAUAAACUGCAUUUUUUAUUAUGGUACACCCCACGUUGACAAUACUAAGCCAUUAUCCAUCACUAACAUGUGAUGCUGUUUGUGUGCAAAAUAUGUAGAAUGUAUAAAAAAUGCAUAUGUAGGCCUAUGCUAUAGACAAUAGGAUAACAUUGUAUUUACACGAUCCCCCUCACCUUCUAUGGGCUCAACCAUUACCAAACGGUAUUCAAGAUAAGGAAUGGGAAAAGACUUGAAGAUCUGUUUUUGGCUUUUUACCCUCCUGUUAUCUGAAACACUGCUUAGUUCACCCUGUGUGAGCGUUGCUUCCAGUGUAGGUUCCCGUGCACCACCAUGGCAGAGUACAGUAUGCAUACACCGCGGCAGCCUUUUCCUGCUGUCUGUCCACGAUUGUUGUAUCCAACUACGCCAUCUGUCAGCUAUUCAGCCUGAUUGCACAUGCGUGUGUGUUUUGUGUGUGUGAGGGGUGAGAGCCCUCUAGUGUUACUGUAGCUCUCAGCAGCCUCCCAGCACUGAGUGUGUCUUUUGUCUGAUCCAGUGUUGUAUGUAUAGAGCACACCACACCCUGGUGCUAUACCUCCCAUCUAUAUGCUGUAAGUUUGAGGCCUCUGAGCUCAAACCGAGUGAAAUGACGGCAAUAUGAUGUCAUACUGCUGCAGAUGUGUUGUGAUUGUGUGCUUGUAUUUUUAGCUUGCUCUGAAUGAACUGAUUAAAAUACGAACAAACAGG